CCGUAGCCUGCGCGGUUGCCAGGGGAACGGGCCCAGCGCCUGAAGAGUUCCAGCCCGCCGCGGCCUGGCCCGGCCGUACCACCAUCCUGCUCCAGCAGGAUCCCGGGGACUUGCUGGCCCAGCCACCGUCGCACGGCCCAGGAUGGGGCUCUGCUCCAGGCUGCGGCGCCGUCUGGUCCUGGGGAUCAUAUCCGCUGCGAGAGUCUGAAGUGCUGCCGCCCUGGAGGGUGGACGUCCAGGCGCGGGGGCUGAACCACUGGGUGACCUUGGCAGGGCCGAUCUGGCUCGGUCGCCGCGUCGCGCAGGGUUUUAGCAAGUGACUGUUAAUAGGAAGAGACUGUUGUCAUCCGGACAAUGACCUUCACCUUACUGGGAGAACUGGGAGGGGCCUGUACAGCCCCCUCCAAGCCACCUAAGAAGCCAGAUGUUUUCAAGUCAGCAAACAUUUACUGAGCAACUACUAUGUACAAGAUGAACAUCUGCAACAAGCCCUCCAACAAGACAGCUCCUGAGAAGAGUGUGUGGACGGCGCCCGCACAGGCCAGCAGACCCUCGCCGGAGCUGCAGGGCCAGCGGUCCCGUCGGAAUGGGUGGAGCUGGCCCCCUCACCCGCUCCAGAUUGUGGCUUGGCUGCUCUACCUCUUCUUCGCUGUCAUUGGCUUUGGGGUCCUUGUUCCCCUCUUGCCUCACCACUGGGUGCCCGCUGGCUAUGCUUGCAUGGGCGCCAUCUUUGCCGGCCAUCUCGUGGUUCACCUGACUGCUGUCUCCAUCGAUCCAGCAGAUGCCAAUGUGCGGGACAAGAGCUAUGCAGGGCCACUGCCCGUCUUCAACCGUAGCCAACACGCACAUGUCAUUGAAGAUCUGCACUGCAACUUGUGCGACGUAGAUGUGAGCGCUCGCUCCAAGCACUGCAGCGCCUGCAACAAGUGUGUAUGCGGUUUUGACCACCACUGCAAGUGGCUCAACAACUGCGUGGGCGAGAGGAACUACCGGCUCUUUCUACACAGUGUGGCAUCUGCCCUACUGGGUGUCCUGCUCCUCGUGCUCGUGGCCACUUACGUCUUUGUGGAGUUCUUUGUCAACCCCAUGCAGCUGCGCACCAAUCACCACUUUGAAGUCCUGAAGAAUCACACAGAUGUAUGGUUUGUGUUCCUGCCCGCUGCCCCUGUGGAGACACAGGCUCCUGCCAUCCUGGCCCUGGCGGCCCUACUCAUCCUUCUGGGCCUGCUUUCCACAGCCCUGCUGGGCCACCUGUUCUGCUUCCACAUUUAUCUCAUGUGGCACAAGCUCACCACCUAUGAGUACAUCGUGCAGCAUCGCCUGCCACAGGAGGCAAAGGGGGCCCACAGGGAGCUCGAGUCAUGUCCCCCCAAGAUGCGGCCCAUUCAGGAGAUGGAGUUCUACAUGAGGACCUUCAGCCAUGUGCGCCCAGAACCCCCUGGCCAGGCCAGGCCUGCCACAGUGAAUGCCAAUCUUUCCCAGUUCUUUGCCACCCAAGGCCAAGUGGAAGCCCUGCCACCCUCUUCCCCAGAGACUCGGGCUCUGUCCCCCCGGAUCCAACCCCAGAAAAAGAGGAAGCGGCGAGCAUAUAAGGUGCCAACCUCUGGGACCUUGGACCCUGAAUCGCAGCUGCCUAGGCUGCCAGGGCCCCGGGCCCCAGGCCACAGCUCCAGCUCCUUGUCGGAUUCCGCUGGUGCCAGCCCAAUGCACGCCGCUGGGCCUGCAGGCGCCUACCACUCGGCAUCAGCCGAGUCCAUGGACGAGAUUCCAGUGGCACAGACCCGCCUGGGCAGCGCCGCUCUGGCCGCCCCAGGGGGCAGGGGCCGAGAGCCUGGGCUGGCGCUGCAGGUGCUUGCGCCCGCAGUUUUCGUGAGCCCGAGCAGCGGCAGGCCCGGGGCUCGGGGCAGCCCGCAGGCCGACCUGGAUUAGUCCGGAGGAGAGGCAGGAGGGCCAAGGAGUAGCGGCCAGCCCCGAUUCUCUAUGCAAAACCCCCACCCUCGCCGCACCGAGUGCACUUUAGGAGCCCCUGCGGUCGGCGGGAUGGGACCCCUUCUCCCACGACUCAGCAAUACCCGCCCCACCGGCCAUCAUGCUCCAAUAAA